UGCCGGCCAAUAACGAUCCUUGUAAAAUACCAAAAUCAGCCAAUGCCAUUUGCCAAAUGUGUAACAAUCCCACCUACUGGAAGUUAUUAGAUUGAGCCCCGAGGGCCCGAGCGUAUUAUUACAACGUUAUGCUCAUUUGAUUAAACCUGUCAAAUAAUUGUGCGUUUUUUUCCAUUGCUCCACCAAUUGUGACUCACUUGUCACACCCUUUUAUAAAGCCCACAACUGCGUAAAAACCCCAGACAACCUGCAGUGGUUGAUAAAUAAGUUAAAAGGGAAUGAGUUUCCUCGAUAAGUUUGACGUUUAAUAUUAUCACAGAGAUUAUCAAGCAAAGAAAACGUUGAGGGAAACCUUCUUGCUGGAUUGAACACCAAAUUGAACGAUUUUAUAACAAUUAUGUCAUUUUUCGGAGUUAAUGUUAAUCCAUUCUCGACUCCUGUGGGUCAGAGGAUUGAACAAGCAACUGAUGGCAGUUUACCUAGUGAAAAUUGGGCCCUCAACAUGGAAAUUUGUGACAUAAUAAAUGAGACCGAAGAUGGGCCCAGAGAUGCUAUUAAAGCGAUAAAACGGAGAUUCACUCAAGCAGCUGGAAAAAACUAUACUAUUGUCAUGUACACACUGACAGUAUUGGAAACAUGUGUGAAAAAUUGUGGCAAGCGUUUCCACAGUUUGGCAUGUGCAAGGGAAUUCGCUGGAGAUCUGGUGAAGCUGAUUGGACCAAAGAAUGAACCUCCGACUGCUGUACAAGAGAAAGUUUUGAGUUUGAUUCAGACGUGGGCCGAUGCUUUUCGUCAUCAGCCUCACACACAGGGUGUAGUGCAGGUUUAUCAAGAGCUAAAGGCCAAAGGCAUACAAUUCCCCAUGACUGAUUUGGAUGCAAUGGCGCCGAUUCUCACGCCAGAGAGGAGUGUCCCAGAGGUAACAACAGCUGCACCCCCGCCCCAGGAACGUCCAGCACCAGCUGCAGAGCCCACAGCUGCUCCCAUUCUACCCACAGCGCAGCCUCAAGUGGCAUCUCCAAUUCGUCUCCAAGAUCAGCACAUUGCUAAACUGCGAAGUGAACUCGAAGUGGUCCAAGGAAACAUGCGAGUUCUGGCUGAGAUGCUGCAGCACCUGACCGAACAAUGCCAGAACAAUCAGCAGCCAGAGCAAUCUGACCUCGAUUUACUCCAUCAACUGCACUCCACAUGUCGAGCCAUGCAGGAACGAGUGGUUGAACUCGUUGGAAAACUUGUGGACGAUGAAAUGACUGCUGAGUUGCUACGCAUCAAUGACGAACUAAAUAAUUUGUUCUUGAGAUACUCGAGAUUCACUAAGAAUAAAUCUAUACCCCCGGCUAGUGUUAUUCUGGCUCAGGCCAUUGGACAUCCACCAACGAGUAAUGAAAUUACAGGAAAACGUUCUGAACCAUCACUUAUUGAUCUGGGAGAUGGCGAGACUGCGGCGGGUCUUGAUAAGCAAAUUUCUGAACUGGAAAUUAAGGGAGACGAGACGAGGACUAAGACGAAGGAUAAAGAUCACCCAGAUAAUGACGAAUUCGAUAUGUUCGCCCAAUCCCGUAAUGCAACGUAUGAAACGACGAAGAACAGUGGAAGUAAAUACGAAGAUAACAUGGAGGAAUUGGACAGUAGUAUAACUAAAGCACUGAAAAAUCGUAACCUGAACUUAGGAGCAUCUGGAGCUUCAAAUUCUGUAGAAUCUGACAUUGCAGCUCCGGUUGGGGCGAGAACUGUUUUGCCAAAUCGAGAGUCAGAGUUCACAGAAAUGGCAGCGUGGCUCGAUAAUACAACGGCCAAAGAACACACUGGGGAUCAAGAAUCCUUGACAUCAUCAGAAUUCGAGAGAUUUUUGGCGGAACGCGCAGCAGCAGCCGACGCAUUGCCAAAUUUACCAACAGUUACAACUGCCCCAAGUACAACAACAACUGGAAAUACAAAUAUUCAACGACAAAUUAACAAAGAUCAAGACAAAUCACUAUUUGCCCUUUAAAUAAUACAUUUAUUUAUCCGUCUAUUGACUAUUGUUACGAAUUUUUUAAACAAAUUAUUAUUAUUUAUAUAUUUUGAGAGAUGAAAGAGAGAAGAGAUAUCGUUGCUUUCUGCUUUUACGUACUUAUCAAUUUUAUUGUAACGCACCCUAUAACUAAAAACCAAAAUUAGAUACGAAAAUGAAAAAUUUUGGAGAAAGAAAUUAGUGUAAUCAAUGAAUCAAGCAAUCGUAAAUGGCAAAUUCUCUCUAAUUGCUAUGAAUACUUGAAGAGAGUGGAAACUUUACACUUUUACCUAAAACCACCCUGAAACAUAGUGCAUAGAUUCACAAAAUGGAGGAAAAUUGUUUUAAAAGGUAAUUGCUAUAAUUAAUUCAUUGAUCAAUUCAAUUGUAUAUAAAAGAGUCGGUUGGACUACUUUUUAUAUAAUUCAGUCGACUUAUACCAAUGCAGGAGAUGUAUUUCAGUAAUGAAGUGGUAAAACUUAAUAAUUAUUAAAAACUCAGAGAUUUAAGGUUCAAAGCUUAAAAACUAAUAGUAAAAGUUCAAAAUUUCCCUCACUUCGUAAUUCGUGCCGAGUAAUCACCACAGUGGAAAUUCAAUUUUCACAUUUUACCACUUCACUACAGAGUUAACAUCACGUGGAGUAAAUUUCCAAAUCAUUGUAACAUUUUAAUGAAUUAAAUCGCAUCUCAAAAUUGA